AUGAAGGUGAAGAAGAAUAUUCUAGGUACCGUACCGCAAGACCGAUACCGCAUCAUUCGAGCGCUCUCACACCGACACUGCGCUCUGAACUACGCCCGCUCUACAGCCAGUCCGAUCGAGUUUUCGCAGUUCGAUUUGAUUGACGCAGACACAAUGCCGCGCGGUAAUCUACUUCGACACCUCUUCAAGCAUGGUUCACACGCGAGAUCAAAAUCCCACGAGCAAUCGCCGAUAGUCAAGAAAGCUGAAGAGCCAGCGACUAUCGCAUCCGAAGAUCCCUCACAAACACUAUCACCUCCACACACAUCCAGGGCCCCUGCCAUUCAUGUCCUGCCUCGAAUCACCGAAGAAGACUCCGUUCCUUCUGCUACCACACCGUCUCCCGUAGUCUCAAGCGCAGGAAGCACGGAAUCUGAUCUCCUAUCCAUCACCACUGUCCUCGACAUAAAUGCGCCUUCCUCCCCGCCGAUCAUCGAUCCUGCAACUCUCACCACGCGCGAUCUCGUCUGCGCCGCCAUCGAUGAGUCCAUAACAGCAAUUGGCACUCAUAUCGACACGCUGGAAACUACGUUGGCGCUACUCCAGGCCAUCACUGGUUUCAGCGAGACGGUCGGAGUGCUGAAUCGGGAGAUGGAAGACAAGAAAAGGGUAUGCAAAAUGAAGCUUAGGGAGCUGGAAGAGUUUGAGAAAGCUGUAGAGAAGAUGAGACUUCCGGAUGACGAGGCUCAUGUAGCACAAGAUUGA